AAGCUCCUUCUCAGUCCCACUUUCGUUCCCCUCCCACAAUGCCCUGGGCUACAGGGCAGUACUGUCCUCCAGCCUGACCCGUACGUCCCCACCCCCCCCAGCCACCCACCCCACAGACACGUAGGCCGGCUUGGCAGGCGAUUUGGGGGAGUUCCGAGCCCAAUGUCACACCGGAACACUGUAACCGGACCCUCACAGCUGUUUAAUAGUAGGAUGCACUGCUGCAGUACAGCGUGUCCUUGUUACGGAUUUGCUCAAGACAUUAUGUUGAGUACUGUAAAGUAUAGGCUAUUUUUUUCUAAUUCAAUAUAUGGCUACGCUGUGUAUGCUUUUCUUUAGUCUUGUUUUUAUUGUUGUGAUGAAUGGUUUUGUGUUAGAGCCCCAGGAAGACUAGCAGCGGCCAAGGCGUCUGUUACUGUGGAUCCUAAUAGAACAGUAAGACAAUGUGCUACAUGCUUGUCUGGGGUUUGGCGUUAUGUAGCCAUAGCAUUUAGCAGAUGCUCAUAUGCAGUGCAACUCAUUGCAAAAAGCCCAUGAUGCCUUUGAAUGCUUUCAUAUGAUGACACUAAUAUCCUGAUGAGCUGUAAGCUCCUAGAGUAGGCAGUUAAGGUGUCUUUACACUGGAUGUUCAGUUGCAGACCUGUGGCCCUCUGAUGCUGCCCGCUUGGCGCGAGACGAGGUGUGUAAUACUUGGAUCUAAAGUUCCCUUGUGAGCAAAUAACCCGCUCGUGAUUGAAUUCAUACAAUGGGAUUUAACUUGAAUUAUCUGGGGCGAGCACAGCACUGCAAGGUCACUUUUGUGGCAGCAUUAGCCUCAUGCUAAUAUUCAUAUGCACCCGGGUGAGCAUCUGCAUGACAGUAUUCCAGUGCAGCACGGUGUUCAGUUCUCCAUUGUUUCCUUUUGUAGAUAAGUUGGUCUGUGUCAGACCCUCCCCGAAUAUUGUGAUCUUGGGCCUUGCUUUGGUCCACAAAGCCGUUGCCGAGGUAUGCACUUGACCUGAAACUAACUUCACCUGUAGGCAAAACUGAGUUACUUUAAACUGAACCAACUAUUCUGAAUGUGUAUUUAGAAAAUAAUUUAAAGAACUGAAAAAGAUGUGGAAAGCUUGAAAGCUUUUUACAGGAAGUGAAAGUAGCUUCAAAGCAUUAAGCCGGGAUUGAAAAUCCCAGGGUUUGAAAUCUCAUGAAGGAGCAGAACUGGCUCAAAGGGAUCGCCUGAACACAGCUGGUUAAACUCUGUUCUGAUCGGCGUUAAGUGAUGCAAAAACGUUGGAUGUGAUUGCCGCUGUUUCACCUUCUGAAAUGUACAGUUUGGCCCAAAUGGAGCGGAGCGUUGUGUAACGAGUUUUAGCUUCCAAACUUGAUUUGGAAAUGGGCUGGUGAUCCCCGCCAAGUUUGAGCAAUGGAUCAAGGACACUCACAAGAAAACAGUGGACUUGUCCAGCGGUAAAAGCCCUGCUGCCAUCCAGGUGUGUCCCUUCACUGCCCAGCUAUUGUACUUUGAUGAACUUCUAUUAUUGAAUUGCAUCAGCUGCCCAACUGCCAUCGUCCUUUCAUAUUCAAAAGUGUGGUGCUACCAAUGGCAGCUUGGAUCUUAAAUAAUUACUUGCGUCUGCAAUACGCACCUCUUCCCUAGAAAACAGAAAAAACAACAUGUAGUUUUCAAGCUGUUUGCAAUGUUUCCGUUACACAAACGGGAAUUGCGCCUCCUUCAAAAAGCGAACAAGUCCCAUGAAAUGUACGUUUGCCAGUUUGUUCUUUGCAAUGAAGUUGGCGCCCCCAAGGGCCAUGGUGGGGGGGUGGGGGUGCAGAGUCUCCCAAUCAGCUGCAGCAUCAAUAACUUUUAUACUCUAUAACUGUGAUGCUAUUACUGAUUUAAAAAAAAAAAAUUAUUCUGAACUGAAUGCUGGUGGAAACGCAGCAAGUGUGCAUUAAGCUUUGGGCUGAGACGCCGUGCCGUGUUACAGAUGAACUCCGAGGCCGCGCUGCAGCUAAUCCCCAGCAUGCUCUUUGGCCUGUAAACACGGCAGUAAAGAAGGUGUGUAGGUGGCCUGGGUGUGUGGGCAGACGGCGAUAAGACCCCACUCUGCUGUUUGAGCAGCAGGUACGGUAAACACGCCAUCAUGAAAGAAGCGCCUGACGGCAAACAGAGCGGGGGUGGGGGGGGGGCGCCUCCCUCACCCACAUGCGGGGAGCACGUGAUUCCCUCGGCCCACCGUCUGGGAGCAGAGAGUCUGCCCAACGCCACGGCCCUCCGAGAUUCCAGCUCGAGAACCCCUGUUAGACCGUUUGUUAUAAUUGGCCUGUUUGAAGGGGUUUCAACCUUUUCUGACCCAGGGACCUUCCAUCCCGGCAGGAAGGAAUCCAGGGGACCCCCCCAUCACAAGUUAAAAAGGGUUACAUUUAAAAAGGCUUUUGUAUAGCCAGAUAUUUUCUCAAAUCUGUGUGUAGUCAUUGUGUGUCACGUCUGACCCAGGUGCCCUCUACAGUACCUUCAAGGACCCCCAGGGGUGUGCGGACUCCCUGCUGAAGUACCCAGGGGGGCAUUUGGUGUUGAGUUACGCGGAACACGCUGUCGGAAUGCCAAAUCCGCCUCGCACGCGCUCCGAUGGCCGCUGGCUGGGCCGACCGGUCAGCGGUGAUGACGCAUGACUUCACACGGAGGUGGGCGUAAAGGGGCUGCUUUCGACGAGCACGAGACCUGUGGAAAAAGCCGAAUUUAGCGCCUGUGCUAGGUGGCGCGUGCGGGCCCUUCUGGGAGAAGCGCUUUGGUGGGACUAGCAAGAUUGGGCACGGGGGACUGGUGACAUUGAGCGCCCUUUUGCGCCGCAUGUCCCCAUGCACAGGGGGCAUAACACGGCCACACACGCGCGCACACACACACACACACACACUCACACACCACGACACGCACGCACGCACACGGGAGCUCAGCGGCCUCAGGGUGCAGCGCCCUGCAGGGCUGUCGACUGAACCCGUUUGCCCUCUCUCCGAAGCCUCUGCCCUUUGUCCCGAAAACCUCCUGUCCCGUCCCGUCCAGCCCCGCCCACCACUGUUUGGCUCUGCUGGAGUCCCAAGGAGGGAGGGUGAACUGUUUUUCUCCCCCCCCCGGCGAUGAUGAUGAUGAUGGCAGAAGCUGGACGGCGCUGUCACUGUGACACUGUGUCCCUUCUGAAGGGCCUGAGGGCACAGCGCUGCAGCGGCGUGUGGUGAAUGCACCGCAGCACGCUUUGCCACCGUACGUCACACGCAUACGCAUGUCCUACGUCAGCCGAUUGGGAAUUUUUGCUCAUAUUUUGUCGCUUGUACGUGGUGUUCUUGGGUCUGAUCGAAUUAUGCCCUCAUACCCCGCAGUCGCUACCCUUCGGUAAUGGCCAUUUUCAAUACUGAAGUUUCAAGUGUCUUCAAACUGUGAAUAGGCGGAAAAUUUUCAAAUGCAGGUACUUCGCUGUGCGGUCGCGUAACUGAUUCCGAUCCAGGAGGUCCCUGUGCAGCACCAUGGUAGACAUGCAGAGUCAGUUCGGGCCCCCGUCCCCCCUGGAGGACUCUGUCCUGGGUAGUCCGCUCUGCGGGGACCUCAUCGGGGGCAUGGACGACCUGCAGGACAUCUCUCAGUCCAUGGAGGACGACGGCAUCGGCUCCUUCGACCUGCCCGGGUAUCAGUCCUCCAGCUUCGGCUCAGGGUCCGACAGCUCCAACUUAUUUGAUGCCCCCACCCCAGCCUCCAGCCCGUCCUCGGGGAUAUUCGGCGCUGUUGGUGGCCAGGAGGAGGUCACCUCCACCUCCCUGAACCUGGAGUGCCGGGUGUGUGCGGACCGGGCAUCGGGGUACCACUACGGGGUGCACGCCUGCGAGGGCUGCAAGGGCUUCUUCAGGAGGACCAUCCGGCUCAAGCUGAAGUACGGCCGGUGCAAACUCAGCUGCAAGAUCCAGAAGAAGAACCGCAACAAGUGCCAGUACUGCCGCUUCCAGAAGUGCCUCUCCGUGGGGAUGUCCCACAACGCUAUCCGCUUUGGACGGAUGCCCCAGUCAGAGAAGAUGAAGCUGAAGGCAGAGAUCCAUACAGGGGAGUGGGAGGAGAAGAACCCCCAGGUGGCUGACCAGAAGACCCUGGCCAAGCAGAUCUACGAGGCCUACCUGAAGAACUUCAACAUGAACAAGUCCAAAGCACGGGUCAUUCUGACUGGCAAGACCAGCACACCGCCCUUCGUCAUCCACGACAUGGACACGCUGCGGCUGGCCGAGCGGACCCUGGUGGCCAAGCUGGUGGGCAGCAUGGGCGGCAGCCUGCAGAGCAAGGAGGCCGAGGUCCGGCUCUUCCACUGCUGCCAGUGCUCCUCCGUGGAGACGGUCACCGAGCUCACCGAGUUCGCCAAGUCGGUGCCGGGCUUCUCCGAGCUGGACCUCAACGACCAGGUGACCCUGCUCAAGUACGGCGUCCACGAGGCCAUGUUCGCCAUGCUGGCCUCCUGCAUGAACAAGGACGGGCUGCUGGUCGCCUACGGCAACGGCUUCAUCACCCGCGAGUUCCUCAAGAGCCUGCGGCGGCCCUUCAGCGACAUGAUGGAGCCCAAGUUCCAGUUCGCCAUGAAGUUCAACGCCCUGGAGCUGGACGACAGCGACCUGGCGCUCUUCGUCGCCGCCAUCAUCUGCUGCGGAGACCGGCCGGGCCUGACAAACGUGCAGUACAUCGAGCGCAUGCAGGAGACCAUCGUGCAGGUCCUGCAGCUCCACCUGCUGGCCAACCACCCGGACGACGCCUCCCUGCUCCCCCGGCUGCUGCUGAAGCUGGUGGACCUGAGGCAGCUGGUGACGGAGCAUGCCCAGCUGGUGCAGGAGAUCAAGAAGACCGAGGACACGUCCCUGCACCCGCUCCUGCAGGAGAUCUACAGAGACAUGUACUGAGACCAUCCUGCGGGUCCCCAUAAACCAGCACACACACACACACACACACAGGCACACGCCGCACGCGCGCGCACACACACACACACGGUGCUCUGUCCUCUUACCGACAAGGAGCAUCAGAGAUUCUUGCAGGAAAAUGUGCUUGGACCUUGUCUUUGGUGCAGUGCCUUAUGCCGCUGCGGCAGCGAAUGUGAACCCA